AAGGAAUGAAAACAGACGAAUGAAAUGUUUUUAUCAAUGCGGUCAGAAAAUGUGAUCAAGUGAGUCUUUAGCGAACGAAACGAUUGCAAUCAGACAAUAUGGAGAGAUUUUCCAACAGAAAACUUUCAGAGGACGAUCUUCUAGGCUGUUGGGAGGUAAGCUAAGAAACGAAUUUUAGCGCUGAUAAAAAAGUAAGACGGAGAAAUGAAACCAGUUCAUUGUCACGGUCCAACAACACAUAAUAACAUUCUUUCCUCUUUGUAGAUUGUAUCUUGUAAGUUAGCAGAAGAAAGAUAUCCGUCUGUGGAAGGGUAAGAGCUUUAUAUAACUCUUUAGAAUAUUAUAGGUUUAUGAUAAAUCCAGCAUGGAGUCGUCUCUCUUUCAUGAUUAUCAUUAGUGAAAUUAUCAGACAAAUAUGCCGAGACAUCAAGAGCUUGUUUACAUAAGUUAUGCAUUUAGCUUAUAUUGGUGAGCAUUUUAUUGUUGAGGAGAGAAAAAUCUGAACCAAGGAUUAGAUUUCCUUGCUAAGCCGGUUUUAUUAUUAUUAUUAUUAUUAUUAUUAUUAUUAUUAUUAUUAUUAUUAUUAUUAUUAUUAUUUCUAUACUAUUAUGAUCAUCAUCAUCAUCAUCAUUAUUCAUUAAUUCACUCAAAAAUUUAAUAUUUCACUGUUUGUGAUUGAAGCUUAAUUAUUAUUUAUAUUACUCGCUAGCACUUACUACAUUCAAAUGGUGUAGACUUCAAUGUUAUAUUACUAGCAACCUCAUUUCCAGGCAAUAACCACUUCGGUUAUACAGCGCUUUAGAGCGCAGCAGCCGAGCUGUUUAUUCUUGGGUGAAUUAAAUAAUUAUGGCUUUUGCUGCUGUCCAAAGGCAAAGCUUAGUUUGAAGAACAAGCAUUCAAAGCAUGGUGGUGACUCUCCCACACUUAAAAGCUUAAACCAAGAUAGCAUUUUAAACCACAAUGAAUGACUUCUUAGCCUGCGAAUGCAGACAGAUUUUAGGUCGUCCCUUCCUCCACCAGAAAAGUUACUUACAGGUCGAGAGAAGAGACAACCGCGAAUAGAUCUGUGUUUGCAGGUUGAUGACUUCUUCUCUUACAAACUGACUUCUACGUGUGUAUUGUUGACAGUAUAAAAUUCCAGCUGGAGGAAGGAGGAGACUUGGUCUGGAUGAUGUCAUCUGCCUUGGAGCAAGAGACUUUGCCUUUUUUCUCAUGUGAAACAUUCAUGGUUUGUAAUAUUUUAUUGUCCAGCUGAUGGGGAUCAAUGACUGCUGUUUUUUAAAUGUUUAUUUGAAUUCUCUGAAAGGAUUUCAAAAUUUUUUGGCAAUUUUUAGUUUGACAGAUUUGAAGAAGAGCUGAUUUGUUAUGGCAGCAGUGUUGAUAGGAUUGGAUUGAAGGUUAGAGAUUAGCAUAAUAUAGUCAAACCUCUUGUAAGCAACCAUCCAAAGUGCGAAGAUUUAGUCGUCACUUAAAGGAGGUUGUCGUUUAUAAGAACUGACAAAGAGGGGGUCUCUUCUGAAGAGAAGUCUGACGUAUAAUUUUUCGCUUAUUAAUUGCAUGCAAUUUCUAAGUUACAUUAUUCAUAUAGUUGCAUGUGACACUGAAAGUUCUUAGUGUUAUACUCUGAGUGGCAUAGUACAUACAGCGAACAGAGACCACAUCACGCAUUAAGUGGUUGCUUACAAUAGGUUAAAAAAAUGGAAAAUAAUAAAACCAUGAGGCCAAAAAGUGGUCACAGUCACUUAUGAGUCGAGGUGGUCAUGAGUUUACGAGAGGUUCUGGAUUAUAAAAGGGAUCUCACGUGACUGGGAAAAUACAUGGUGCUUUGGAUAGGUGCAGGGGUUUCAUUAAGAAUUUAGUAGCAGGAGAAAGGUGUAAUGUUACAGUGGCAUAUUUUGAAAGAGGCUCCAUGUCUGAAUAGAAAUAAUUAUUAAGCCCUAGGCUACCGAACAUUUGGCGGAAAAUUGUGCUUAGCAGGCGAAGAAUUCUCUGAUCUCCGAUGCCUUAUGAACACCCCAGAGGUAGUCGCUUAUGGGAGGUGGUUGCACAUGGAGGUUCAACUGUAUCUAAGUAUAAUACAUAUAAUUUCAUAAACAUGCUUCACAUGCCACUUGAUAUUAUUUACAUAGUUUUAUAUGUAGUGAAUUGAAGUUCCUAAUUUUUUAGCUCUGACAUGAAUGUUGCUUACUUAUCCAGUGUAUUCUAUAAUUUCAAAUCUGCAACAAGUUUUAUUGUUUAAUUAAUUUUUAUCAUUUUUGUAUUUAAUUUCAGUGUACAUUUGAGUCAAAUCAGCUGGUACUCCGUUAUGACAAACAUUUGAAGCUGUGCUGUCAAAAGGCAAGAAGGCUUUCUUUUUAAUAGUUAGGGUAUCAGGGCUCGAAAAACGUCCUGUUCAGUUGUCUGGAACAAGUAGAUUUUUACUUGCUGGGCAAGUAACCUUGAAAAUGUAGUUGCCAAUGGGCAAAGGUCCGGGCACUUCAUCCUCUAAAAAAAUCUUCAACUAAGACAAGCAAGAAAUGGCCCCAGGCUGAAUGUGAGAGCUUCUCACUCUUGCCCAAAGGACAAGCUGAAAUUCAAGUUUUUUUCGCAGAGCCCUGGGUAUAUUUGUACAGUCAGCUUAAUGGAAAUGGCUGCCAUUAGGUGUCCAUCUUAGAAAUGGUUCACUUAUAGAGAGUCAAAGAAAAUGUCUACAGCAUUUCAGGGACCAACUCUAGUGGUCUGUGAUAGGGAGGUACCUGGUGUUCUUAAUAUGUUAAAGAUAUAUAUAGGGUUGUCUGGAAAGAGAGAGUUCAGGCCUUCUGAUGGGGUGUAAAUAUAUUGGGAAAUUUGCAAAAUUCUAAAUAAAUGUGUAGUUACAGAAAAUGUCAAUACUCCCCCAGAGAAGGGGGGCGGUUGGGGGUCUCAAAGGCCCAAAAAUUUAAGUAAAUAUAUGAAGCUUGACUGGAAUUUCCAGAGAGGUGGUGGUGGUGGUGGGGGGGGGGGGGUUGUCUAAGGGAAAAUCCCCUUCUGUGGGGGAGGUAUGGAUAAUUUUUGGAACCAAAUAUUAUUAAUCUUAGCUAACAUUUUUAAGUGAGCUUAAGUAACAAUGAUGGGAUGGCAACGAGAAGUCAGCAAAAGAGCAAUAGGUUUACAUGUAGAUUGGCAGAACAACAACUUUGCAUGUGCAUCACGCUUUUUUGUACAUUUUUUUGCUGUCACAGCAUGACUACCACGUGACGCUGCCUAACUUUGCAUUUUGGGGAGGACGUGGACACAAGACAACGACUUUCCUUUUCUUCUCCUGAACUUCGAUACAGUCCCUUAGAGUUCAACUCUAGAAAAAUUAGCCAACAUUAUGUUGUCAAAUUGAACAAGAUAGAAUAAUAAGCGUGAGAGAUUUUAAAGCAGCACAAAUUCACUUUUCAAGUGACAAUUUCGUAGCCGUCACCGUCGUUGUUGCUUAAGCUGCCUAUUAGCAUUGCUCUGUUAGUCCUUUCUGAGCUGCAAAUGAUAAGCAUACACAUGUGCAGCUCACACAUGAUUUGAAUAUAGACAUUAGAACAGCCUAACUUGCUUGAUGAAUGACUGGAAACUGGAGUAUUAACUUAGGGUAUUUCUCCAAAUGGAUUAUGGUGAGGGUUCUUAGAUGCCUCCCCCUGCCCCACAUAUAUUCCCCCUAACAAAAGAAAAAUGGUUAACAACUAAUUUUGAUUACCGCAUCUCCUUGACUGUUUGUGUUAAGUUAAUUGUAAACUCUUUUAUAGGUGAAUCAAGAACAAUCUGAGAAUCUCUUCUCCCUUCCUUACACUUUGCUUCCUGCUUUGAAUGAAGGAUUUUUCACAGAUAUUACAUUCACAGCUAGUAAUGGUGAAAAGGUAUUUUCCUCUAUUAAAAAUCUGAUGUCUUUUCUCGCUAAUGUUAUACAUAAUGGCACAAGGUAGAUGUCGCACAAACCGAAAUACCAUGCAUCCACUCCAUAAGAAUACAUUUCUUUUGAGCAUAAGAGUGCUGCAAGCCGUUAUGUUCAUAAUAAAACUUGUGCUUUAAUUUGUGUCCCAUCCCAACUUUAAACAAAUGAAAAUCCUCAGAUUACCAGUGACUAGGAAAUGGAACCCACUUUCAUUAUGCUUAAUUCUUCUACUUUUCUCUUUUUGCAUAAAUAUCUAAAUAGUGUAAAUUUUAUUUUUAAUUUUUAAAGAUUGAACUGUUUUGGAACAAAACCACAGGUGUGCAUAAUAGUAUGUGAAUAAACAUGGACUUUAAAUAACUCCUGCAUAUGUUUGUCUCUCUAAGAUACUUCACUAUAUUAUUAUUUGAUGCGACUCUUGUUGGGUACCUCUGUGACUAAGUUUUAAUAUUCCUUUUACCCAAAAACAUUCAAGCUCUUUGUCAUGAAUUAUUGUAAAAUGGCUGACUUUUGUAAGUCUAUAACAAUCAAAAAUUAGAUGAACUUCCAAUCUCAAGCCUAGGUGGUCUUUUAUGCAGCCAUUUUUUUUUUGCGUCGUCAAAUAACUUUCCUCCUUGUGGGGUGGAGCAUUGCAUAACAAAAUCUGGCUGUGUAGAAGACUACAGAUCAGGCACAUUUUCAGUAUUAUUCUGCCAAAAAACAUUACAAGGUGAUUUGAAAAACGAUUGCUCAUUAAAGCUGCUGCCUACUCCCUCACAGAUAAAAAACAACUGGCCCUGAAGUUUAAUUUUUUUUCCUUUUAGUUUCCAGCCCACAAAACUAUCCUUUGCUGCUUUUUCACUGACAUUUACAAAUGGGACAAGAUUCCUGCCUUCCUCACAGAUCUCUCGCCAGAUGUUUUGCGUGGCCUUCUGCACUAUAUCUAUACCUGCUGUCUGCCGAGGGACUUGUCCGAGGACACAGCAAAGAAGCUAAUGAGAAUUUCUCAAUUAAAUAGCAACCAUGUUGGAAGUUUAGGAGAGCUGUGUGUAGAGUUUCUUGAAGCUACAGCUGUUAAAAACAGUGAGUACUUUUACAAGGCUCUUGACGAAUUUUGAGGCCUUAAGGAAUUUUUACACGAAGUUGUACUUUAGAAUUGAGCUCUGUGGACAUGUGCAAAAUUACGAACCCCCGCUCCCACCCCCCAGAAAAGCAAAUUCGGUUAUCACAUGUGAUGAAAAUUUGCAAACAAAUUUUAUACAUAUUUUAACAUACUAGACACAUUGCCAAAGGCUUAGAGGGAAGGUAGCAAGCGUUAAGCAAUGAUUAUUUCAUUAUGAGUUGGGCAACCCAGAAGAGAUAUUAGAAGGGGUACACAGUACAUUUAUGUCAUUUUUUCCAGCAUUUUGCUUCAACCUCGGACAAAACCUGUUGAGACACAUCCAAAAAAUAGCAUUUUUUUUCAUGUCAUCCAGGCAAAAAUGGAAACGUUGUUGAAUGAAUGCCCGUUUUUCCCCUCCCCUUAUCCAACGUUGAUUAGGAUAACACGAGAAAAAUGCUCGUUGGUUUUUAGACCAAAGCAACUUUGAUUAGGGGGUGGAGAGGGGUCUUACUUUUUCUGUUUAGAGGAGAUGGUAGUAUGGCGCAAAGGUUAGAAAAUAGAUGGAACUGUCUUAAGAGUUUUUCCUGAGGUUGUAGGGCCAACCAAAUAGAAGCUGUCCAAUAGAAUUUCAAAGUGUGACGUUGCAUGAUUGUGUUUCUUUGCAGGGAUUAAAAGUUUGAUGAGUGAAAUGUUUGCCAUUCUGGAGCAAGUCUUACAGAUGACAGAAUCUCUCGCUGCAGACCUUCGGCAUAACAACACUCAAGCAUACGCAUUGAUUGCUGGGACAACGAAGUCUGCACUGAAACAACUCGUUGUAGGUAAGCGGGAUUGACAGUGAGAGAGAGGUCGUGAGUUUCGCAUCAUAAAGGCCCUUUCCACGUUUUUUUUUUUUUCAGCGUUUGAUUGUGACCAGCUAGUAAAAAUCAGUCAACACGGCUAAAAUGAACGCCUUAGUAUUAGUAAAGAUGUCAAGUUUGAACGUGAUUUGUAGAAAACUAACGAAUAUAUUAAUACACAAAAUGUAUGUAAAAUUCGAAUGGUAGGGGGCAAGUUGGUGCCUCUUCUCCCCCACUAUACAAGCUUCUGUAAAAUUUCUGGACUUAAUGGAGCAAUAUUUUCGCUCCCUUUUAACGUAUCGACUUUAAACUUGGUAAGUUACCUAAUUUCAAGGCGCUCUUUGUAGCAGUGUCAAUGGAUAUUCGCUAACUGAUCUUUAUCAAAACUGAAAAAAAAAUUGUGGAGGAGUCGAGGAUUGUUGUCGAUGUUCUCGCGUGCUCAUUGGCCGGCGUCGUUAGUCUUUAAGAUUACGCGAACAGUGGAUGCACAACGGAGCGAUAUCUACUGUCUUUGUUUAAGACUUUGCUUAGCAGGAAAGCCUUUCGCCACCGGCUUCUAGUUUCAGGGUUUCAACAUUUAACAUCACUUCUAUGACUUAUAAGAGCGUGUACAAGGAAAAUUUACUGUCAGUUUUUUGAAAAUGGGUUUCAGUAUCUUAAAAAAUAACACGGCAACUUACAAGAGCAGUGGCACAUUUUAGCGAUGAGCGAUGCUUGUGUUAUUUUCUCAGUUCUCUCGGUUUUUUUUUUUCGUUUUUUUAGGAAUUUUAAAGUUUACUUUACUCUGCGACAUUUUUACUAAGCAUAAGUCUGAUUUGUCAAGGGAAGAACGACAGGAAAUUAUUCAGCACAGUAGGAAGAGGUAGGCAAGUGCUUGUAGUUUACAAUUACAGUGCUAAAAAUUGAUUUGACCGUAGACUCAUUUAGCCUCAAAACACUUGUACAGUAAUGUCGGAAAGCGUUUGAAAGUGCCUUAAUUUAGUUUAAAUAGUUACGUUGUAGUAUUUUAUCUAUUGACGCGAAGGCGUAGGAUUAUACUGCGCAAACUCAAAAGUUAAAACCAGAUUGCAGAGUACAAUUAACGGUACCAGAGAAAAUUACCGUCAAUUGGAAUGGUUACUGCUAGUUUACCAGCUGUGUUGAGGCUUUUUUGGGCGUUUUGGCUUUCCUAAUGUGGUAUUAAAGUAUAUGCUUACUGACUCGUAUAUACGUUGUGGUUUUACAGGUUACCGAGUUUUGUGGAACUAGUUGAAACGUUCUUGGUUAUUUUUCAAGCUUCUGUGUCUGGACUCAGUCGUUCUGAUAAGGAGGAAUUGGCUGUGCACAUCAUUCCUGAGGUAAAUUGUUGUUAUUAAUUCUAUAGUUCCGAUUUUGAUGAUGAUUUUGAUGAUGAUGAUGAUGAUGAUUGUAACAUAACCUGAGCCAGGCUCUUGGAUAGUAGGGACUUCGCAAAACACGAGUCCCGCGCUUUUUGCGUGCAAAUUACUGUCUUGGAGCCUGAAAAUGGCUAAUAAACCUUAUACACGAUACCCGCCAUCUUUGCACGCGCUUUAGGAUUGAUGGGAUACAAGUAAUGUCACGUGGUAUCUCAGGGGGAAAGCAAGUGAUGAAAUUUGCUAAUACGAGUAAUCGCAAUCGAGUUUGUUUAUCCUCUCAAAACGAUAAUACAAUUUUGAAUUCGCAAAAUGUACAGUUCAAGUUUCGAGUUUUUACGGUCGCUGCUGCAUUGAGAAAAAAAACAACCAUCACUUCCACCCAUAAUUUGCCAUUGUUGUCUUUAUUAUAGAAAGUUCUUCAUUUCUGUUGUCUAAAAUAAACAAACAAAACCACGAUUUCUUGUAUUGGCAGAUUUUAUCACUUGUUUGCUCCCUGGGAAACCACGUGACAUUGCUUUUAAUCCAUUAUCCCUUAAGCGCGUGCAAAGAUGGCGGGUAUCGUGUGAAUAAGGUCUAUUGUAAAGUUGAUGAAGAUGACUAUAGAGUGUUUUCACAUGACGUCACGGUGGCCAUAUUGGUGUCCCAAAACAAUGAAACGGCGGCCAUGUUGGUGUCCCAAACCAGUCCUGUGGGAGUAGAACUCUUUUUUUAUGCAAACGCUUUCUUUUGUUCCAAUAAAUUUGCAUAGACGCUGGCCACGUGAGUGAAAACACUCUAUAACAACGUUGACGAUGAUGAUCGCAACAAAAUGACAUCAGAAAUGUAAACCUACUUUCAAAGAGAAGCAAUUCACUUUGACUUCCCUAGAAGUUUGUGAAUAACUUAAAUCUUUCACUGUCUUUAGGAUUCCACUUUCAUGUAGAAUAUAUGCAUAUUUUUUUCCCUUUAUUAAAAGAUUGAAAAGAUGUGGCUGACAUCCACAGAGCUGGGAGGUAAUGCCCUCGACGCACUAGAAAAUAUCACAAAGAAAGCAGAUAAGGAUCAUAAGAAGAAAACGCACCUUCCAAAGAUGGCAACGUCUUUAAGUCGAACACUCAGAAAUGUAAGUGAAUUCAGUGUCAUUAAAGAGGAAAGGAAACUUCUUCUCCAGGGCUUCCAGUUUCUGGGGACAAAACCCUUUAUGUGCAGUGAUACUAACUGCGCCAAUAGCCAAAAUAUGGACAUUUUGUUGUCUUCGCGAUAAGCAGCACAAAAUCAAACCAGUUGAAACACUCACUUCAGAAACUCUAGGGAGAAUGGUGCAAGCUUUGGGUGUAGUGAUUUCUGGGAUUUUUUGGGUGGAUACGUGUUAGUUAUGACUGGUCGAUGGUAUUCAAGGCAACCAUUAACCAAUAAUAAGUAUCGCUUGUCCACCCAAAUGAUCCCAAAAACCGUUGCGCCGAAAUUUUGUACCCAUUCCCCCUUACAGUUUCUGGAGCGAGGAACUUUUGUGAUCGUCCACGCACAUGAGGAGCUUACAAAAUGACGACGACGACGUUAUCGAAAACAACGUGAAAACAAAAACAACGACAACAGGUUGGGUCAGUUAGUGACCCUUUUACCACUGUCGUCGUUGUGGUUUCGUUAGCCACCUCUUUCUUCCUUCGCCCAAGAAAACUGUGUGCCUGCAUCGUUGACUACCUUUAAAUAACAAACUGGCAUUUAGCUUCGUUUACGACCUCAUUAUCGAAUUGAUCACGAACAUACAAAACGUUUGGUUUUUAGGCUGUUCACUUAAGAGAAGUGAUGACAUUGAAGAGAUUUCAGCAGAAAGUUUCAUCGACACUUGUGUUUUUGUUACAGAAAAGGUAAAGUUUCAUUUGUGAAAUUGAACAUGUGACUCCUCUAAAGAUGGAUCCGUACAUACGUCUUAAACAUCUUCUUUUUAAUUUAGGGGAGAUUUUGGUGCUUUAUCAGAAGACCAAAAAAUCAGGGCAGUAGUUAAAUCCAUGGACAAAAUAAUGUUAGAGGUAAGCAAGACAUUUUUGCUCGACGCAUUACUGGAGGGAAGCAGUUUUAACCAGCUUCUUGACCCUUUUUUCGUGAAGCUAAACAAAUACGGGGAAAUAUAAUAACAGUGAAUUUAUAUAGCGCUCACAUCCAUUAGCUGCUCGACGCGCUUCACAAAGAUUAGAAUUAUGCUAAAAGACUAACAAACUAAAAACUAAGAAUGAUAAAGAAUGCGCUAAAAACAUCAAAGAAAGAGCUAAAAAAAAUGAUCUUAAAACAUCUCAAACAUCUAAGAAUGAGCUAAAAACAUCUAGCAAUAUGCUAAAAAGCUACUAAAAUGGGAAGUUAAGAAUAUGCUAGGCUAGUUUUUUUUAAAUAUUAUUUGUUUGCAGAUUCCAGAGCAAAUUCGCACUCUUCAAAAAUUUCCAAAAGUAUUUGAGAAAAAGCUCUCUUGGAAAGAAUGGAAACAUUCAUAUAAAGUGUGGACGUCUUUUGUGGUGAGUCUGAAACCCGGAUUUGCGUUAGAUAACUUCUGUUCAACAAUGUUAGAACGUGUGGCAUUCAUAGAGAUAAUUAGCGGGAAAAUUUUGCAUUACUUUGUUUUUCACUACAACUCUUUGUGAUUGGCUGAAAAAAUCUCGCGUCACUUUCUCAACCAACCUACAGAGCCUUGCAUUACGAAAGGUGAUGGCGAAUAGAGUCAUUCUUGAACCAGUAGUGGAAGAAGCUAGCAGCCUUAUACACGAUGCUGAAUUCACUAAUCUCGUCAAAGAAAUUGGUUUCCUGAGAGAAUCCGAGGAUGAAGACAAACCUGAAAAUCCGUCACCACCGAAGGUAAUCUUUUUAGCAUGUACAAAAGUAGUUGUUUUUAACCUCCUCAGGAAUCACCAGUUGUUUUGUAACGGAUUGGAAGUCCCAGGCAUAAGUGGGCAUAUUUACCACUAAAUGUAGAUGAAACAGAAUUAAGAAAAUUAUGUCUCGAACGCAAUUUUAGCAGUUUAUCAUCAAGUCGUGGGCAUUUAGAAACGGUUGCUCUUUCUGGAUUUAGAUACUGUAAACUGGAAAAUUGACUAUCUUUAUUAUCGUAUCCGUCACUAUAGUACACGGCUGCUGAUCACUGACAUACAUGGCACGUGUUACAUAUGAACCUAAUUAGUAAGAGUGUUGUUUUCUGGAGUCGUUAUAUAGCUCACUGGUGUGGACACCAGAUCCAUGUGUGGAAUAACCUGGGCUCAAACCCUUCAAAGCAUUCUGGGCCAAGUUGUUCAAAGGCCGAUCAGAGCUAACCCAGGGUUAGAGUUUAAUCCGGGUUUUCUUUUUCGUUUGUUCAAAAGCACAUUCUCGGAUAUUUUCUCAACUGUUUUUAGAGCGUCCAAUCAACAAAUUAUAGACAAAAACUAUAAACUGAAUUUGCUUUUUACGUUUUCAUAUUUCCUCGUAAAAACUUAGUCGCGUGGUAAGCGUUCAAAGCUAGUUAUGUAUUGUCUCUGUUGUCGAGUAGUGGUCUCAAAAUUAACUCAUUGCCAGUUGUUUUCUUACGUAUUAUGUCCAUUAAUAAUUUGAAGAUAAUAUCUCCGAUUCUUGUGAUUUUUGCUUUUCCUUUAUUCUUCUAGAAAAGCACAGCACGUGUGGAGUCCGUAGUCACUUGUCCGCCGGGCGAUAAGAGCCCACUCGCACAGUCGGUCUUGCAACUGUUACUUUCUGGAGAUAAUGCUGAUAUGAGCUUCACCUUCGACACAACAGACCUAGUUCAUUGUUCUACUUGCGCAGAAUGUAAACACUUCAGUAAGCAGAACAGCCGAGCGGAGAUUCCCGCGCACCGUGUUAUUGUAGCAACACGUUGUGACUGGUUUAGAAGAGCACUGCUCAGUGGAAUGAAAGAGUCCAUUGAAAGGUGAGGAAUUCCUUGGACGAUUUAGUUUCAACCAAUAAUUAUAUCAAACCUAAGAUGCAUAUGCCUGGUUAUGGGAUGUAACUCUCUGUUGUGCUUACAUUUUACAACAAGGGGUACCUUGCGGCAAGUGCCAACGGGGCGAAUUCGUUUAUCUUUUGUGGAAUGUGCCUAUCCAGAUCUUUGCGAUUUGUUACAUAAUUUUAGAGGUUUACAAUGGAUUCCGCAGUAGAAAAACUUUUAAAAAAACUUUGGCACAUUCUAGGCUUUCACUUCUAUUAAGCAAUAACAAGAUGGCUUGAAGCUUUGUUGGUAAAUUGGAGCAUGUUAGGAUCAUGGACUUGUGUUUUACGGAAAUUCAAAACUAUAAACGUUAGAAAGUAAAAUAUAAUUUAAGCGAGCACUUGGACUGCUGAAAAUAAAAUAAAAAUUAAAUUGCGAGCUUUCGCCUAUCAAUGGAUCAUCAGGGAUUAGAAAAUACUCCGCGUGGUAAUGUGAAAAAAUUGGUGUAAAGCAAAAUAUGUGAAAAGCGAAAGAAAGGGGCGGAAUGUAUCUGAGGUAUAAUAAUAUAAACUUGAAUAAAAUACAAAGAUCUAAUGAGCGAGUGACACGGGACGAAGAGUCUCUCUAAAGGCAUAAUGAUUCUUAAGGAUGGUCUUUAAAUCGGAAUGUCCGCAAAUUCAUAGUUCCUCACGGGAGUUUAGGGAUGUCUCAAUGUAAAUCGAGCAGCCAAAAGAACAUGCUGGUUGACAGAAAGGCAAAAAUAAAUCAAAAAUAAAUUGGUCGAAAGGCAGAAAUAAAUUCUAAAAAACAAAAGGUCCUCAAAUGCGUUGCAUUCUUCACGGGAGGUAAGGACUGGUUCAACGUAAAUCGAACUGCGAAGAACACGCUGGUUCUGAUAAAGGUUUUGAGAAUAUAACCCUAUUCCUUGAUUAGCUACCGCAUAUAAUUCAAUUUACAAAGGAAAAGAGGAUACUGAAAACUCUGGUUCUGAGUCGAGAGGCGAACACGCUACCUCAGUGUAAUAAAUCGAGCUGUGAAGAACAAGCUGGUUCUGACAAAAAUUGGAGCGUAAAACCCUAUUCCUUUAUCAGCUGCUGCUUUAAACGCAAUUUAUAAAGCAAACCAGAGCACUAAUAGCCCUUUAAAACUAGAAACCGUAUUAAAGCUUGCUCACCUGUUAGGUCCUCUUGAACAGACAACGAACAGCCGCACACUGGAUCACCCAAUUGACCACUCCAGAAAAUACCAUAACAUACCAUAAUGCUCUUUGUUUGUCACCCCAACAUUUUGCAUAAGCAUUGUCUUGUUCCUCUUGGGAGUUAAUAUGGCCCCAAGAGAAACUGAAAACACUCAUGCAAAGUUUUGGGGUGACAAACAAAGAGCAUUAUGGUAUGUUAAGGUAUUUUCUGGAGUGGUCAAUCUCGAACCAUGAGUUGUAAAAAGAAGACCAUGACGUCACUGCCCAAAUAUGGGGUCCUACUUACACCCAGAUAUGGUCAAAAAUGUAAAUUUUAGAGAGUUACGCAGAAUUUGAGAGUUUUUGCAGUAAAUGUAUUGGUGUAGCACUGGAACCAAUAGUGGAAUUGCACACGUUUUAGGUAUCCCACUGAUGAACAGUUCCGACUUAUCGAUAUUUCUAGCAACCAUUUGCCGUCUCUCCCCUUCGAAUAUUGAUGAAUAAACAAUAGUUCUUGACAAAACUCAAAGGAAAGGUUCGCAAAAUGUUACGUGCAUUAAGAUCCGAUUCCCAAACACCUCUCUCGAUAGUGAUUUGCUUUGUUUUUCUCUUGUUUGGAAAGCCCUAUGAAACACGCGCACUUGUUUUAAAAAUAUAAUGUCUGCGGCCAACUUCAAUUAGGCUCCGUGCUGGCUUUGAAAGUAGACUUCGGCCUUACGAGUGCAUGUCUUCUUGGGUACUUGGGUUACUGGAUAUCGUCAGGUUACGCAUACAUGCACAAGCAGUGUUUAAAGCUCAUUUUUUUGUUUUCAAAGUCGCCCGUUUUGGCAACCAAACAUUAUAAACGGUGGCUAGGCGUCUCAAAUGAACACAUACUCCGACAGCCAGGGUGGAAGAGGAAAUUAUAGAGAAAAUGAAACGUAAAUAUCUCUUGCAAAUGUUUCAUGAUCUUUCUGUAGCCUAUGGAAAGAUCAUAAUUACGAGCCAAUAAAAACACUACCAUAUAACAGCUUGCCACAUGCAUUUGCUACCGAACGCACGGCUCGCCAAUUGGCGAUUUUCACUACAAGUUUAGUCGCCAUUUUUUUUCUUCUCGCUGUGGCAACCAACUGAACGCUCACAGCUUGGAAUACUAACAAGUUGGCAUGAGAACGAAAGAUGUUCCUUGAAUCGUGUUAGUAAAAAUCCGCUUUCUCCAUUCAAUGCAUUUACUAGUCGUUUGAUUAUGUAACCCGCAGUGUUAAAAUUCUAAAUUUCAGACGUAUAUUAGUCCCUGACACGAGCCCGUGUUUAUUCCACAAGUUUCUUGGAUACCUGUACAGCGGUACGCUUGAUAAGCGCACUCUCAGUACGGACGAUGUCCCUGAAAUGCUAGCACUGAGUGACAAGUAUGAGGUAUGAUGACCAACUGAACUCGUUAUAUAUAGCCUGCGAGCAAGCUCUCCUAUUUGGGCGAGCGAAGAGAGUCUCUCGAGAACGCGCGAGCGAGCGGCGAAGCCGCGAGGAGCAGGGGAAAGGCCUCUCGCUCGCGCGUUCUCGCGAGGCUCGCUUUGCUCGCAGGCUAGUUAUAUAGUGUGAACAUACGUGUCAAUAGUUGAGGUUUAUGAAAGGUUAGGGAAAUCUGUCAUUUCCUUCUAUAAAAUGACCUAAAAGGGCUACAGAAGGAUUUUAUGGCUGUGAAAAAGUCGGGAAAUUUAAUAGUUUUGCGAUUUAUUCAUAUUUAAACUUAAAGAAAGUGCAUUUACAGUGGUUAAAAGGGAUCCAAAGUUCUAAACAAGGUUUGUGAAGGGGGCACCAUUUGGGUACCUUUUCUGUCCAGAAUGGCGUAUAAAAGGGUAUCUGGUUAGACUUCGGAGCGGUGCCUCCCGGUAUAAAAUUUUGUUGGGUACCCCCAUCCCCCCCGGGGCUCGUUAUUCACCAAUCACUAGCAACCACGGUGGUACUCUAGUCCCACUCAGUAUAUCGACACCAAUGAAGACCUGAAAGGUCGAAACCCGAAACAUCGCGAUCAACAACGAAGUGAUUACCUCGAGACAAACGGAUGAAUAACAUCUUUCACGACAACUAUGUGGUAUCCAUCAACAAACGAAUGAAUUAACCACAAAAGGUUUUUAGUUAUCACCAGUAUAGAACGCGGUUGGUUUUUAAAGGUCAGUUUUACAAGACUAAGAAGUUAAGAGAAAUUACAUUCUAAUUCGCUACCCCGCUCAAACGAAUAUAAAACAUUUAUCAUGUAACAAGCAACCUCAACUGGGGUGUGUCAACACGAGCCGUGUGCGACCCUCUUUAUUAUGCUUUCAUCAACAGAAUGGAUGGAAAUAAUACAACAAACAGAAUGAAAACUCAAAAAAUUUCAAAAACAGCACUGAACGCUCGUAUAACAAACUAAACGUCAACUCCCUUUCAUAUAUAGCAGACAAAAACUGGCCCUGGUCACUGGGUAUUUCAUUUUGAGGGCGAGGGACGGUCGCAAAAAUAUCAACUCCCUUUAAGCGUCAGCUCAACCCCCAAAGAAAAGGUUACAGAUGAACCCUUGUUUUCGGGGCUUACAACAAGGACGAAACAGCUGUCCAUGGCUGCCACUGCCCGCGUGAUAUGGCUGUGCGCAUGCGUGAGGUACUGGCCAUACCGCGGAGUUAAUACUGUGUGCUCGCCUUCAGUGCUGAAAUUGGUGUUACUUAUGAUAAGUGACUGUUCAAUUGCCACAACAGUGACACCCUAGCUGUGUGAUUAUAAUUUAGGGAAAGCAGUUUCUUUCUUAAAGAUCUCUUGCUGUUAUUAUUCUGUUACAGGUGGAUUCUUUGAAGGAGAUUUGCGAACAGAUUUUGCUGCGUGAUGUCGAUGAAGACACAGUGCUUCUCUACAUGGGCUUGGCGGAACAGUUUACUGUUCCCCGUUUGAAGGUAUCUAUCGUACUUUCGUUGACAAGCGUUGAAAACCGUUGUUGUUAUUGGCAAAGCGCACGCCGCGUGAGUUUAUUGAAUUAACAUCAGGACAAAAGAAAGUACAAUCAAACAGGGCCUUCUUCAGUAGGUAGAAAAACACCUUUAAGUAAUGAUCCGGGUAAGGAGGAAGGCAAUAUUAUUAUUAUUAUUAUUAUUAUUAUUAUUAUCAUCAAGUCAUCAUUAUUAUUAUUGGGCAUUAAUCUUUCCCCACAGACAAUGUUUUCACUUUUACUCAGAGAAUGCAUAAACCUACAGAAAGGCAGUUAACAAAAUAUUUUUGAAAGGUCGUUCCUUGUGGUUAAAGAUUUCGACCAAUCAUGAGCUGCAAACAAUAGACAAGAAAAGUUUACAGUUUCACAUGUUGUGACAUAGGAAUUCUGUGUUGUUUAGACUCAGACAAGAUUUUGUUAUAAGCGGGGAGUUGGUUGGAAAACUAAGGAUUAAUAUACAUGCUGUUUUGCGACGUUUUCGUAAAUCUUGUUGUUUAGACCAAACAGAAGUAUAGUACAGACAACAGAGCGUUUUCACUUACGUGACCAGUAUCUAUGCAAAUUUAUUGGAACAAAAGAAAGCGUUUGCAUAAGAAAAGAGAUCAACUCCCACGGGUUGGUUUGGGACACCAGCAUGGCCGCCAUUUCAUUGUUUUGGGACACCAAUAUGGCCGCCGUGACGUCAUGUGAAAACUCUCUAUAGGGAGUUUAAGCAGUCGCGUUUUCGAGCGACGCAAGUAAACCGGAAGUGGACUCAGCAAUACAAAUUUGGUUGCGUCAAAGCAUAUUAAUAAAAGAAAUCACUUCGGUUCACAUGCGUUGCUCAAAAACGUUGCUGCACGUUGCAGCUUAAGCUCCCUAUUAGUUAAGUUAGCACCUUUUAUCUGGAUCGUUACUCAAAUUAAACGCUUUAAUUUAAUCCGGAGGUACAUUUACACACUGAGGGUGUGGUUCAUUGUUCCUGUUUCUAUUUUUAGGAAGAAUGUUUACGUUACAUUGCUGCGCAUCUUGAGGUCAUGGAGUCAGACAUGUUCGAAGAGCUUCCGUCCAAUUUAAAGAAAGAAAUCACAGAUAAUGUGAAGCAAAACAUGUAAGUUAGAUCUAAUAAAUAAGUAAAGUCAUAGUAUGUGUCUAAUUCCAGUUGAACUUACCACGAUCGUGGACUUAAGAUUCGACUGACCAAGCAGAGAGAAUUAUUUCGUUAAAAAGAUGACUUAAUGCCAUACUGAUCUAGUACAUGUUUUGAAGUUUCGUAUCAAUACGUAUCUAUUUGUUUCUUUUUCUUCAUAAUACCCUCGAGGGUUAACAAAGAAGUGUUAUAGAAGUAAGAGCUUAGGAAAGAUAUCUCCUUCAGUAGAGAGGGUCGCACUAUUUGUUGUUGCUGGUGAUAUGUAUGGCCAUUUUACUUGUCUUCUUUUGUAGGCCGCAGGCUGACCCAAUUUCAGAAGAGGUACGGCAAGCCUUUGCAGUAAGUAUUCCUCAUUUGACACCGAACCGUUUCUUUGAUUUCUAUUUCUAUUUGAACGACGCGAAUCCAAAUAUUGAAACAUUAUUUGUCGAUUUUGUUCCAAGUUGACGACGUUAGAAGACUUGGGGGAUCUGUUAGAUGAUGAUGAUGACGAGGAUGAUGAUGACUAUGAUAGUACUGGUGACGAUGAUGAUGACGUCAUGCCGCGUGGGAACAGCCAGGUCGAACGGUGUAUUGAAACUCUAAGGGGUGUCUUGGGAGACGCUGUACCGAGAAGGGAACUCUUGCGCGUGACUCUUGCUGCGGACUGUGAUCCUAACAGAGCGCUUAAUUUCUAUUUUGCGUGACACCCAUGAACCGAUAUGGUGUUACACCUCCUUCGCUUUUUACACACGGCGUCUGAUAAACUUUAACUUCAAAAUACACGUUAACUUCGAUUUUUGUGAUAGUAUUGCAGAGAGGAGGGAGGUUGGGGAGGUGGUCGACUAACGGGGCUGAGGUAACAAACUUUCUCUGAUUCAUACUCAGCCUGCAUAUCUGGCGGUUUUGUUUGGAAGGGACAAUGGGGUUGAGAGGUGCGAACGAGCGACGAGGCCGUGAGGAGAAUGGAGCGCUUUCUCGGCUUCGCCGCUUAUUUUUGCGCAAACCAGACAAAACCGCCAGCUCUGCGCACGUUGUACUAUCUUUUUUUGCCUCUCAAACGUUUCGAAUCACUUGUUCCGAGCGAGUCUCUCGGUCGUUCGUCUCGAAUACGUCACCGAAAUGCAUUGUACCGAGAAGACGCCGUCUUUUGGAAGUACUUUCUACGUCGAAAGCGAUACGCCUCUUUCCAAAAUGGCGUCAAAUUUUGCCUUGUUUUGUCUUUAUGAUAAUUGGCCCUCGAUGCCUAGUUUAAGGUAAAAUUUCUUUUCAAGGUACGUUUUCACUCACGUGGCCAGCAUCUGUGCAAAUUUAUGGAAACAAAGAAAGCUCUUACGUAAGAGUUCAACUCCACAGGAUUGGUUUGGGACACAACACGCUCUAUUUUGCAAGUGCAAUCGAAGCAAAGAAGGCUAUUUAGCGUAAAUUUAAAAGACGAAAAUGUUACAUCUGGAUUAAGGUUUCUUAGCCUCAUUCGUGUGGUAUUGCGAAUGUGUCACCCAUGGAAAGUUAGCUUUCGGGGAUGUGAGCGAGUUAUAGAUCAUCCCGCCGGGAGGAACAAAAGUCGUUUUGGCAACUUUUAAGUUUUUUUUAAGACUGAAUACUGAUAUAAACCUUUUUCAAAGAUACUGUAUUUUAAAAAACGAAAUUACAGCGUAUCCAGUGGUGUAAAGAGCGCAAAAAAAUAAUCUAUUGGUGAGACGUUCGAGUUCUUUCCUCACAAGCGAGAGGAAGCAGUUAGAUAAAUGGAAUUAUCUAUCACAGGACAUUAAUUUCAGGACUCACGGCAUGAGCUGUAGUUAUUUGAAGGAUUAUUUUGACAUCCAUCGUAUGUUGCCUCGCUGUUGGCGUCUGUUACUUCGCAGUUAAGUUUAAAAAUUAAAAAUAAUUCUUCG